UUUUGUACCAGUAUAUUAAUGUUCAUUUUAAACAACACAAAACGACAUCGUUUUGGAUGGGGGUACAGCCAGCUUUGGCUGUACCCGGGUAUAGCCAAAAAUUUGCGGUGGGCACCUAUGGCUAUGCCGCUCCUGAAUAUAUUAAUACUGGUCACUUAUACGUAAGGAGUGACGUAUACGGCUUCGGCGUUGUGAUGCUAGAGUUGUUAACGGGCUUUAAGGCCUAUGACUUAAGUAGGCCCACUGGUCAGACAAGCUUGGUUGAUUGGUACAGGCCCAUGCUUAGUGAGAAGUCCAAAGUAAAAAAGAUAAUUGACCCGAGAAUGGAUGAGUACCCACCCGAAGGUAUAAACAAGUUUGCCCAACUCAUAUUAAGAUGUCUCCAAAAUGACCCGAAAAACAGGCCCCCAAUGUCAGAGUUUCUUAUAAUCUUGGAAAGGAUUAGUACCAUUAGAAUGAACCCAAAGAGCUCAAAGCCCAGCUCUUCAAAGACUAGAAGGCCUCAUAGUUAUCAUCCUUCUCCGACGCAUCGUCUAGGUGGAGGUUCCAGCCCAAGGCCCAGAGCCCAUACCCUAGGUCUGUAAAUGUAUGUUUGUAAUGCUACUAAAUUUUGUUUCCGAAAUAUGCUGCUAAAGCUUCUCAUUAUAUAUACUUUAGUUUUGAACAUGAUUCUCACAAUAUUCUUCAUGUAGGAUUGUAGUGAUAUCACAUUUUUUGGCCUGAAUGGUAAAAUAUUAAAAAUGGUGUUGACAUCUAGAAAGAAAAA